AUGGGCACGGGCAGGGACAUGGGCAUGGGCACAGGCACGGACAUGGACGCGGGCAGGGACACGGGCAUGGACACGGGCACGGGCACGGGCAUGGGCACGGGAACGGACAUGGACACAGGUAUGGACAUGGGAAUGGGCAUGGACACGGGCACGGACAUGAGCACGGACACGGGCACGGGCACGGGCCUGCAGCCGCCGGUGGGGCUGGUGCCAGGAGGACACUGGGUUGGCAGCGGGUCUGGGCAAACAGCGCAGCGGGUGCAGGGCCCUGCGAGUGCCAGCGAGCAGCCAGGGCACAGCUGGGACAGCUGCGCCGAAAGAGCCCUCAGGUAUCGCCUGGCUGCACUGGCAGAUCUUCAGGGCAAGAAAUCAAAUGAAAUCUCCGUAGUGAUGAAGUGA